GACGACGUUUUGUGGGAGGCAGUGUGUCAUUUUUGGAGCAUAGUUUUCAGCUGACAGCGUUUUACAACAAAAUAUUGAGGAUACUUUUGGUUGGACAUAGUUUCAGCUUACGUUUUCUUUGUACAUUAGACGGAAACGGAGCGAUCUUCUUUGAGGGAAGACCACACAGCACGUGUUUUCUGACGUUUUUGCGCGUCAUCAGAUCUGGCUGUUCAUUUUACCGGUUUAGUUCCUGCUUCAAGUGGUUUUAUUUUCGUUCGCCAGUCAUACAGUCAUCAGCAUAGGAUAACUUCGAGGCUUUGAUUUAAAACACAUAUCAUGUCUAACUUUGGGAACGCAUCAGCCCCACCCCCUUAUUCUGAGUCUGGACCUCCCUCUCAGGGAUACGGAGGUGGGUACCCAUACGGACAACAGCCCCCACCUGCAGGAUUUGCCUCUCAACCUCAGGGUAAUUAUCCACAAGGUGGCUAUCCCCAGGGUAAUUAUCCACAAGGUGGCUAUCCCCAGGGUAAUUAUCCACAAGGUGGUUAUCCCCAGGGUAAUUAUCCACAAGGUGGCUAUCCCCAGGGUGGAUACGCCCAGUCAGGAUACGCCCCUCCUCCUCAGGCAGGGCACUACCAGCAACAGCCUGUGUAUGGAGCACAGCCACAAAGAGUGGUAUAUGUGGAGGACCAGCGCAGAAAGAAUGAUAAAUCUGAUGCUGCCGAGUGCUGUUUGUUAGGGAUGUGCUCAGCCCUGCUUUGCUGCUGUAUCUUUGACUGAUAAUCCAAUCAGAAACAUUGUUAUAUAAAUGAUCAUGGGGACAUGAAUAUUCAGAGGAAAUCUUGAUUUUAAUGUUUUUUUGUGCAAAGUUAAUGUAUUCAGGCCUUCUAAUCUGUGUUACUUAUUCUGGAAAACGGGGGGUGGAGGGGGGGGGAGAGAUUUUGUCAGUGAUUUUAGUGAAUUAUCAUUUUUGAUAUUACCACAUUCCCAAGAGUCAAACAACAUGGCUGCUGCCGUUUGCUGCGUGGAGACGUGGGAAAGAGGUUGAUGGGAGUGAUAAAAAUGUACAGGUUUAAAGUGCUUGAUAAACCACCAUAUCAUGUAUGCAAUGCUGUGAAGACCAUUAUAAGAUCUUCGACACAACUAUUAUUUUCAUAUUUCCUGUUUCCUGUUUAAAAGAAAAAAAAUAUUUUUUUUCUUUUAAAAACUUUUGAAAAAGACGAGGGUUUUCUUUGGUGAAUAUUGCCCUUCUGUUUUGUACAAAGGAUCUCCGAUCUUACAGAUAUCUAUGUGAAUUGACACAUUUUUCUGACAUUUGUAUGAUAUCUUUCUGUUACUUGUAUUUUCUUUGUUUAUUUUAUUCCAAAAGCAGCGUGCAAAAUGUGCUGUAAAUCGUGUUCAAUUUCAAAACCAUAUGUAUACAUACGUAAAUGAUCUAUUGUCAGUUAUAUGUAAUUGGUAAUUCUGAAGUAUGAUUCUUACCGAACCAUUGAAUAGUAGGAUGUGAAUUCUUUAAAGUAUCCAUCAAUACGGUUUAAGCUGUGUUACUCGAAACAUACCCUGCUAUUCAGCGCUGCUAUCCUCAGUUAACAUUAACUUUUAUACCAAGUAUACUCUGACACACAGCAUUCGCCCAUGCCUUGAUCUCUUGUAAUAAUUUCCUCAUUUUACUGUAUGGUGUGUUACACAGUUAUAUGCUACACAUUUGUGUGCUGCACAGUUGUAAUAUUGUAACACGGUUGUAAUAGGAACAGUUGUAUUCCACAUGUAUGUGGUUGUAUUAUUUGCUUUGUAGUUAAAUGCUAGCCAAUUUUAUGAUACACUUGUAUAUGCUAUGUGGUUGUAUCCCACACCAUUCUGAGCUACAUAUUCACGUGCUGCACACAUAUAUGCUACACAGUUGUGUGCUACACCAAUGUGGUUGAGUGCUACACCAGUGUGGUUUUAGUGGAAUAGCACACAUUUAUGGCACAGUGAAAAGCUUCAUGAAAGAUAUUUGAGACCUUUUAUGACCAAGUGCAGCUGUUAAACUGUUAAUGUUUUUGGUAUAAGUUUCUGUCAGCCUGUUACAGUGUCGUUAAACUGUCCUUGUAUAAAGAUGGCAACUGUCUUUGUAUAAAGAUGGUAAAGUAUAAAGAAGGUAACUGUCUUUGUAUAAAGAAGGUAACUGUCUUUGUAUAAAGAUGGUAACUAUAUAAAGAAGGUAACUGUCUUUGUAUAAAGGUGGUAACUGUCUUUGUAUAAAGGUAGUAACUGUCUCUGUAUCAUGUCAUGGAUGUAAAUGUUUCUAGAUUUAUAACUUUUGGCCCAUGCAGUAUAUACACAAAUGGUUUCUAUAUUCUCCCACGUAAGCUCUUCCCAGCUUUCCUAUAGCCAAAGCUUAGCCAGCAGGUUGGAAUUGUACAUAAGUGGCACCAGGCACAGAUCUGACUGACUGUAUGAGCUUGACAGAUGUAACUGACAUGUACUUUAAUAGAUGGAACUGACAUUUGCAUUAACAGAUGUAACUGACACAUGCAUAAGCAGAUGUAACAGGCAUGUGCAUCAGCAGAUGUAACUGAUCAUAUUGUUUGUUGGGCCAUGCAGAUUCACAAAGCAGAGUUAAACGUAAUGCCAGGACUAAAAGAGACUACAAGUCUACACAUGAUGAAAAAUUGACUCACAAGAUAUGAUGCUGCAAUUCUUCUUUUUGCAAUUUAAAAUUUUUGACUUUGACAGAAACUGCUGUUUGAAACAGACAUGUUGUGUGAAAGGCAUAACAAAUAUGUGUUUACACAGAUGUAACUGAUAAUGCCAGCUAUUUGACAGAUGUAACUGAUAAAGUUUAAUAGAUGGCAUAACUACACGUUUACCUGUACAUAUGUAAUUGGUUAAUGGUUUGAUAUGUAACUGGUAGACAUUCUAAAAGGCAUAACCCAUAAUUUGAACAGAUCUAUUCAUCGUUCACAGGUGCUACGUGUCAUAAAUUUCCUCUAAUACAGGUGUGCCCUUUUUGUAGUUUAUUAUAAAUUUUAUUGUGAUAAGUUAUUAUUGAUACAGAGGUGUGCCAUAUACAAGCAGUUAGACCCUGAAUUAGAAGAUCCUGGUAGUGUUUGAUCUUCCAGUUUGUUUGAUGAGCCAAACAAAGCAAUACAAGUACGUGUCUUAAGAGAUGUCCUGUUAGAUUCGAUUCCCAAGUGUGUCUUCAGAAAUUAAUAAUGGCAUAACAAUGUGUAAUAUUUCUGUAGUCUUCAGCCUGUUGAGAUGACAGUGGUCUUUUGUGCAUGUAAAUUGUCAGCCACGACUUGUAUUGACACUAGAAAAGUAAUUCAGGCUUUGUUUUUAAGGAAAGAUACAGGCAUGUCAGAAGCCAUUUGAAGGUGGUACAGCCAUCGGUUGACCGUCCCAUUGUAAUUUUGUGUGCUGUACAGUGUACAUGUGUGUGUAUGAGCCAUCAUUUUGUUGGUUGCCAUUAAAUUGCUUUGAUUUUAGAUCUAUUUUCUGCUUUAUUAUUUUCCUUUUUUGUUUUUUGUAUGGUACGGCCAUGACUGUACUGGCCGUAUUGCUCCUGAGGCUUCUUAAAAUGCACUUUUUUGGAUGACAGCAUUUACCACAGUGCCAUUUUAACUUCUAAAAGACCUCUACAGACAUUGUACUAGUAAUUAUCAUAUCAGGUGUUUAAAUUAUGUGGAUUAAAUUUACGGGUUGUGACAGAAAGUUUUAUUGUUGCCAAUUGAAAGUGUUUUUUUUUUGGAUAAAAUAAUAAUGGUUAGAUUGGAAAGCAGUGCUGUUGGAUGCUUCAGUAAUAUUUGUGUGUAUUGUGGUCUUUUUUUUUUUUGUACACUGCACCACA